GGGGCAUGUUCGUGUGGCGAUAUGGGCUGAUCUGUACCAUUGCGUGCCAACAUUUGUAUGAAGGCCAUGUGAUACACAUUACCAAUCCUCCACAUUGUUGGUGGAGUAUCUGUUUACGUAAUAUAGUAUACACAGUUAUGUUUGUUUCCGCGUGAAUAAUUCAUAAAGUAUUGGUGGAUAUUAACGUUUAUCUUACGUGUUUUAAUAUAGAAGUAAAUACACGAUCUGAUGUGGGACGACCUAGACUUGUUUAAACAACUACUAGUCCUAGGACGUCGUGUCGGCAGUGUCUGGCGAAGCAGCUCAGUACGUAGAGGGAUAUAAAGUGAAUUUUUAUAACAAUGGCUGUACAGAUGACUUCAAUUAACGUUUUCUUAGGAUGCACGAUAUUCGUCGUUCUUUUCACCUAUUGUGCAUGCGCAAAUGGAGGUAUCCACAACUUUCGGUGUUAUACAGCCAGUAAGCCGUGUACAAGAGGUGUCAAGAUGACGAGGAUGAAGGAGUGUUUUAAGUACCGAGGUCGGUGUAUGGAGAGGAUUUACCCGGAGAAUGUCACUCAGUGCUGUAGUGGAUACGUGGGUAAACACUGUGAUAACUACGUCCAAGACGAAUAUUACUUCGCCUCGUCCGUGGCCGGUGCUGCAUUAAACUUUUUAGAACAGCCAUCACAGAGAAUCAUCAACGCCAGAAGAGGCCCGAAAGGCGACAAAGGCGACAAAGGAAACAUGGGUCCCGAAGGGUUCCUGGGAAUGCCAGGACGUAAGGGUGAACCCGGCAUGGCCGCAGCGAAGGGACAGAAAGGAAAUCCUGGAAUAUCUGUAAAGGGAGAACGAGGAAAGAAAGGACGAAAGGGUAAAGCCGGGCGGAGGGGCCAGAAAGGGGACACUGGACCAAGAGGCCCACCAGGAUUACCCGGUUUACCAGUCUCAAGAGGCUCUAGGAAAACCGGUGAAUGCAAUUGUAGUGACCUUGUAUCGAGAGUAGAGGAUCUAGAGAAUUUGGUCAGAGGUAUAAUUGACGGAAAAGUGGUCAUCCCGAGAAUUGGCCAGGCCAUUUCAACAGGUGAGCACCCUCCCCGAGGACCACAAGGAAUUCCCAAAGAUGAUCGUUCCGUCCCACAAGUUAGUCAUAAAACACAGAUGUCGGACGACAGAGAGUUCCGAUCAACAACUAUUGAAACAACUACUUUAAUAGGUGAGGAAUCCGAGGCGCUGAUAUCAUCAUCCCCGCCGACAGGACAUACAGAAUACGAACCAAGUACACUAUCGGACCUCAGUGUGACCAGACAAACUACAGCUAUAUUAACUACAGAAAUGUCCGUCAAAUGUAAUACGUCCACAACCAUCUCUGACUGUCCUUCUGGAAGUUUCUGUAAAAUCCCCGAGCCAUUAUUUAUCCAGAACCCCCCUCCAUUUCCAAGCAGCACUAAUUUUUCACGGACAUAUUUCAAUAGGCUGUCGUGUUGCAGCACUGAGACUUUGGACUUUGCUUUUCUGUAUUACAAAGAUCAGCAUAUGUUUCUAUGAAAAUCGCUUUCCUAGACGAUAGUAGGAUACGUUUCUAUUUCGGCACGUUGAUGUGUACACCAGCCUGGAUUAUUUACAGUGUUUCAAAAUGACUUGGUGGGUGAAUGUGAUGUUAAUGACUUACAUGAGACAACUCACAAUCAAGUAUCAGAGCACAAGAACAGUUGUUGUACAUAUGGAAAGAGAAGGUGACCAACAAUGACAAGGUAUAUUUUAUUCAUUAAUUGCCACGAAGGAAGCCGUGGAAUCCUCCCCGGCCUUCAUGAUGCAUAGGAUGAAUUGGAGCAGGAUGGCCGUCACAGAGGCAGUACAUGUCGCCGGUACCAUCACCGUCGCACGUGACGCUGGUCACAUCGGGAUGACAGGUCUUGCAGUCUGAAGCCACCUUGCACUCUCCUGGUAUGUGGCAGUUGCACUCGUUGUUCAGGCAGGCCUGCGUCAUGUUGAUGUUUGGACACCUGGGGCAAUCGCUUACGGAACUACAGGUCGGGGCCUUGGGUGGGGCCUCGUGGCCAUCACAGUGACAGUCGCUCUCCUCACACGUCACGCUUUGGGUGCUAGCGGGGCAUGUGUAGCAAUCGCUAGGACUCUCACAUUCAUUUUCAAAAUGACAAUGGCACUCACCACCGUGGCAUGCCUUGUGCAGACCUGUGUUAGGACAAUCGGGGCACGUUUCAGCCGUCGUACAUUUCUGCGUCUGGGGUGGAGCUUCGUGACCAUUACAGUAGCAGAAUGCACUUCCGGGAGCGUCCUGAACACACGUAGCCGUAUCGCCGUGGUGACACGUGGUGCAAUCGGCAGCGGUCGUACACGCUGAGCCAGUGUGGCAGUGACAUGUCUGCUGGAUACAGAAUGCUUUCAUGCCAGGCGGGAAUUGAGGACAGUGACAUUCUGUGGUUGAGGUACAUGCUUGGAGUGCACUGGCGCCGGCUGCAAUGACAAUGAGAAUAUGCAAGAGGACUGAAAAGGAAGAGAAGACAUAAUACACUGCUGAAGCAAUUCCCGCCAAGCACUAGACUAACCUGACAUUGAAGGAUAUUACACUUGUAAUCCGUCAUCAUACAGCGUCAAAUCAGGCUCUUUGUCUGAUCAGACUACUUUGAGGUUGUCCUAAUUUACACUUCUGUCGGUCAUCAAACUAAUUAAAACUUUAAUGUCAUUCUGAGCCUCUAAUAUUGGUCCUGAUCGAUAUGUACUCAAAGAAGUGUAUCCAAGAACACGAAAGUCUACGUGGAGAUUUGUUAGUCAUGUUGAAUGUGUUCUUUCUUUCUAAAUAUCGUACCUUCUUGAAAUAAAAGAUAUUAUCUAA